AUGUUCUUUUCGAAGUCUACUUUCGUCCUCUCAUUCCUGGCACUGGGCAACAUUGUCGCUGCUGCGCAGACACCUGCCUGCCUUCUCUCGGUUGUAGGGGCUGAGAAGAAUCCCGCCGACCUCAAGGCUGUCUGUGUUACCAAUGGCGAUGAUGUACAGAAAAAGAUCGCGAACACUUGUGGUGAUAGUGAGCAGGCAGCCCUGUCGUGGUUUGCUGAUACCUGCGACGCUGCAGGCUACAAAGUUGAUAUCAAAUCCUCUACCACUACCUCUGAGUCCGCUACCGGAACUUCCACUAAGGGCUCGGCAUCUAACACCGGUUUCGUUACUGCUACUGCGACUGGCUCUUCUAGCUCUGGGGAGAACAAGUCCGGAACUUCUAGCUCCAGUGCUACGUCGACUUCCCAGACAGUCUCAGCUGGCUCGUCUGAUCGACAGGUCUCCGCAGCAGCCUUUGCGGCUGUCGUCUUCUUCGGCUUUGCUGCAACCCUGUAG